CCGAGAGCGGUCGUCCCAAAACAAACCUUCAAAUAACUUGCUUCCCAUCACUCGUAAAUCUUGUCUGCCACCAAGCAAAACCUCUUUUUGUUGCAGUAGGAACAAAUAUCAAAACUUGUGGACGAACACAGGAUUUAAGAAUCAUGAAGACCAUCGCUAUUCUGGUGAUUGCCGUUUUUGGCCUCGCAUAUGGAAGAUUCUUGUUGGAUGACGAAGCUCUUAUGUUGUCAUCCAUGGAAGAUGACUAUCAAGAAAAGCGAAAACUCUUAAGAGUCGAAGUCGAUGAAUCCGUCAACGAUUUCUACGAUGCUAUGCCCUCUACACGAAACAAAUGGGCCAUUUUGACUUUCGACGAUGACAAAAAGGUUGCGAUCGAGACAAGUGGAGAAUCGGACGAUACGACCACAAAAGAGGAAGACAAAGUAGAGUUCGAAAAAAUGAAGAAUGCAAUUCCUACUGGUGAAUCACGCUACAUUCUGUAUAAAUUUAGUUUCUACAGUGAAGUACGCCAAAAACAUGUCAAUAAAAUUGUGUUCAUAUUCUGGGAUAAUUUUGAUUUUACACAGCAUAAUCGAUUCAUAAGAGAUGUAAAACAAGUGAAGGAAAACAUUGACAGCCAGUUGUUCCUAGCUAAAUUUUCCAGCGCAAAGUACUUCACUUAUGAAAAGAUGGCGGGAAGGGUUCAGUGGCUUGUAUAGUGCAUUUCAUUCGCCCAGCUGGAAUUCCACAUUUUUUUUCUUUUUGUUUCGACCAAUGAAAAUUGAUCUCACCGACGUUUUCUAAUUUCAUAUCACGUGUCAUGCCCUUGCAUGUGAUCAUGAUUUCCUGUCCCAGUAACGUUCGAAUAGCAAAAGUCAAAUUUCAAGGGUCUGGAAUGUGGUCUGAAAUUGGGUAGUAUCAAGAGAAAAUGAACCAAGAGAAGGAAUUCCCGUGUCCCAUCAUGUGUACACUUUGAUGCUAUUUUUAACUCGUUACCAUACCCGCGCGAUAAUCAUGCUUCCCUUUAAUGCCUCAUUUUUGAACACGAAAAGCGCCAUAUUUCGUU